AAAUUAUCAUAGUUAUACAGGUUAACAAUUUUGGAAAUCCCUUAAAUACACAAUGUGACAUAGGUGUGCACAAACCUUAAGAUAUGGCAAAUGAUGUCAAUGAACGAUAACGAUGAACCACUGACACCCUUGUAAACAUAGCAUUGGUAAUAUGAUAUGUCCAUUCUUAGUACUUGCGACGACGACGACUAUUUUUAAAUUUCCAGCAUGUAGAUUUUCAAACAGCCCUAAUCAUGUAACAGCCAAUGACCUGUUUAUAAGCAAUGAAUCUUUAUUCAAAGUAACCUGCAAUACUACAGGAUUUACCUCAGCCGUGAACUAUGAUUUGUUUCGCAUUUCAAACAGAACAGCCUUCAAUAUUACCAGUAAACGAUCGGAAAAUUCGAUAUCCGCAGAAGUUACAAGUCUUGUUGGCAAAAAUACAAUAGAAUGGUACUGUUGUUGCCCAGGAAACUGUGCAGAUUUAAGCAAAAAUAUUGGAAGCAUACCAGUUAUUGUUGGUGAAAAACCAAGAGAUAUGAUCACUUUAGAAUGUAUUAUAAAAAGUGAUAGCAGUUUACAUUGCCAUUGGAGUUCUGAUGAUGACUGUAUACAAUGGAGCGUAAUGUAUUAUUUAACUUCUGAACAUGGGACUUGUGUUUCUGAUUCAGAUACUUGUGAGCAUCAAGACUGUCGAAGUUCAAAGUGUUAUCUUAGAUCGGAUAACAAAAACAUGUCAUUGUGUCGUCAAUGUGUCAUACAGCCGACAGAAAUAUCACCAAAUGAACAACUGGUUUUGUCAUUUCAUGCCUUGAACCUUUGGGGUGAAAUUAAGUUCAAUAGAUCAAUACAUAUUGAAGAAAAUAUCACAUGUCUAGAUCCAGUCAGGCAGCUGAGUGUUACUACCACUGUCGAUACAUUGCAAGCUUUAUGGACAAUGCCGAUUCUACCAAAGCCUAUCUAUCUCAAUAAUGUCACAUGUUUGGUAGAAGCUUUUUCUAAUACAAGUUCAGAAAAGAAAUCCGUUAUGGUAAAUAUUCGUAAAAAGAACAUGACCUUUAACAUCAGCAAUAUGAUUCCAGCAACACUGUAUAUAGUACAAGUACAGUGUAAACUUUCAAAGUCCGCUUAUUGGAGUCCUGGAGCUCAUUCAGCAGUUGUUUCAACAAAAUCUGACAGACCACUUGUUGGACCAGAGCUGGAAAACAAUUCCUUUAUGUGUAUAAACAAUUCAAUAUUUGUCUAUUUCAAGAAGAUGGAUUUGAGAAAGUCAAGAGGGUUGAUUAUUGGAUAUCAAGUCGUUGCCCCCAGCAAUGUUACAGUCAACUACACAUCAGACUAUCUUACUCUUGAAAUACCAUAUGAAAAUAUGAAAGGCGAUCAAACCGUUAAAAUAUAUGCAAGAAAUAUCAAUGGUACAUCAUUAGAACCAACCUCCCUGCAAAUAAAUACCAUCAAAGAAAGAAUUGAAAACGACAGAGUGACAAUUGUUGUGGAAAAGGAAAAGAACAGUAGCUUUGUGUGGCUCUCAGAUUAUACUGACCCUAUUUCAUCAAACAAUGUGACUACUUUAUACUGGUGUAGGGGAAUAGUUAGCAUUUCUGGAAUUGUGAUUUGUCAGUCCGAUUAUAACUACACUGAACCGGAUCAAAAUGUGCGAUUAGAACUGUUUAAUACAUCAGACAACAACUGGCAAUUUGGUAUGGCCUUAGAAAAUAGACCUGGAAUAAUUUGGGCACGACAGAGUUGUAUUUUUAAUUGUAGAUUUUGUGUGCCGACUAAAGGACCACCAGUCCCAAUCGCACGUAAAGACAAGAAACUACAGAAUACAUUGAACUUGUUUCUGAAGGAUGAUUUCUGUAGCCAGAACCAAUGGCUUCCAGUAUCGUAUCAUAUAACAUACUACCCACAGGAUGAUGUAUCACUAGCGAAGAACAUAACAGUUGCUGCUUCUCCGUAUCUGAGGAAUAUUGUACUUAAUGAUGUGGAGGACAAUACAAUGUAUAACUUUUCUUGGAGAAUAAGAUCUAGGUCAUUUCAAUAUGGGUCAGCAACUAAUUUCACAGUCUACUCAGGGCCCAGUGAAAUAAACGUUUUUCAUAAAAAAAAUGUGUUUCCUGAAAAAGUUCCUGUUAUAGCUGCAGUUUCCGUUGUGCUGGUGAUGAUUUUUAUAACAAUUGCAUGGUGCAUAAGAACACGUUAUGAGGAUUACAAUCCUGAUAUUGAUUUACCGUCAAUUCAGAGGGAACGCUGAUUACAGUGUGAUGGAGCUUCAAAAUAAGAAAAACAAUAUGAAAAGAAAACAAAUUUUUACUAGUGUACCGUUUCCCUGAGAGUUAAAAUAAAAUCUUUGCCUGACAUGAAAACAAGCAAAUACACCGGUUGCCCUAGUUUAGAAAAGAUAAAUUAAAUGCAAAUGUGUAGUCUUAAAGCUCAUAUCAGACAAGAAUACAAUGUGGCAGUCGUUAUAUAUGUAACA